AUGUUUGACACGUCGGCUGGCUUCAUCUGCCUCAAAAUCUUCAGCAGCUUUGUCAAGUGCUGGUGGGGUAUUCGGGAACGAACUGUCCGGGUUCGCAGCAGGUCGCGUGCGGUCACAUCCACCCCAGUUGGGAAGGACAUCGGACGCUCUUCAAAAGAACUGUGCCACUGUUCAGUCGUCGAGGUCGAUGUGUCCUCCGAAGAGGACGUUGGGGCGUCUCUUGACAGCAACGACUCAUCUUCUCCAUCCUUCCCGAUUGGCCUCUGGGAUGACCACGUAGAUCAAAUAUUUGGUGCCUACGAGGAGCACCUGUCUGUCAGGAUCCACCAUCUGAGCCAAGGUCGUAUGCUGCUCUUGAUGCCUGCCCUCUAUAUGCUAGUCUGUCUGUUAAUAGCUAGAUGAAACUCUCGAUGCCUGCUGCGACUGUGUGUCUGUCAGUCUAUGCCUCUCUCUGCUAAUAGCUAGGUGUUACGGUGCUUGACUUUGAGUGGUGCCCUCACUUUUCUCUCUGACUGGUGACUGUGUCCGCUUGUCCACUCUAGUUCUAAGUUCCAUAGCGUUAGGCAGUGUGUAUGCUCUCUCCUACUUCACUCCAUCACAUCAUCACCUCACCACCAAGGUCCCAGGCUAAUUCGGGUCGUUCUCUCACUAACAAAAAGUCGUGGCCCAUAGUGGAGUCCGGCAGCCGUCUGGGAUAACCGGGCAGCCCUGUUCAGGGAUGCGUUGCCUGCCCCCGCGAGGGGGAGGGGGCUAGAAAAGGUGCCCUAAAGAUCGCUGGGAACCACGCUGUCUGUAGGCUGGCCGUGGCCGCAGACAAAAAGCACACGGUCGAAAUAGCCAAAACCGAAACAACAACAACAACAACAACAACAACAACAACAACAACAACAACAACAACAACAACAACAAUCACUCUCUUCCUCUUCCAGCCUAUUCUUCUUCUUCUCCUCCUCCUACUAUUCGCCGCCGAGGUCGCCAGACUGGCAAGGUGAGCCCGCUCACUCUGGAGGAGGUGGGUGCCGGCUACACCUUCUUCUGGAGUGGUCGACCCAGGGCUGAGCGACGAGACGCGGGCGUCGCCUUCGCCAUCCGGAACGACAUCGUGGGACGACUGCCCUGUUUGCCGCAGGGUAUCAACGAUCGCCUGAUGAGCCUCGGUCUGCCUCUCCGGCGGGGGGGUUGGGGGACAAAUUCGCCACCAUCAUCAGCGCCUACGCUCCGCCGAUGACCAGCCCCGACGCCGUCAGAGACAAAUUCUACGAGGAUCUGCACGCCCUCUUGGCGACUGUGUCGAAGGCGGACAAGUUGAUUGUCCUUGGUGACUUCACCGCCCGCGUCGGCACAGACCAUACUGCCUGGAGGGGAGUGCUGGGUCCCCACGGUCUCCGCGGCUCAAACGACAACGGCCUGCUGCUGCUCCGCACCUGCGCAGAACACGGCCUCCUCCUGACGGACACCUCCUUCUGUCUCCCGGAGCGAGAGAAGGCCACCUGGAGGCAUCCUCGGUCGCGUCAGUGGCAACUGCUGGACUAUGUCCACGUCCGGAGGCGAGAUCAGCGGGACGUGCUGGUGAGGAAGGCGAUCGCGGGUGCAGACGGGUGGACCGAUCACCGCCUCGUCAUAUCGAAGAUGCGAAUUCGUCUACAGCCUCGCAGGAGACCACAAGGUAAGCGACCCCCAGGUAUGCUGAAUGUUGCCUUGUUGUCUUUGCCCGCUCACCGUCCUCAUUUCAGCAAUGAGCUAGCUCAACGGCUAGACAACAUUCCAAUCGCUGCCGACGCCGCCACUGCCUAG